AUGUCGUCCACAAAGAGCCAAGUGGUCCAGACGACCGAGUCUGUGGUAUUGACCUCUACGGACAGAAGACCACUCGAUCCUUCUAGACCCAAGACACCGGUUCUCCGCAAAGACCACACGACACCCAGUCCUUCUCCCGGCACUUUCAGACAUCCUAGAAUGACAGAGAUUGUGCGCCGACAAGCUGCUACGACUCUCACGCCUGAACGAGUCAGGAUAGCAGUAUGGAAUAUGGCCAUCCUGGCCUUGAGCCUUGUCUUGAGCUACCCUAUCCAUGCAUGCAUCGAUCUUGGUGUUGCUCUUUGCUUCUCAAAGAAUUCUGGUUGGUCUUCAGGAUCACUCACAUUCCUUCGCGUCCUGCUGCAACUCUUCCGUGGCCUUCUUCUCCUCAAUGCCAUUUUGGCUCUGCGGCCUGCUCUCCCAUAUAUAGCGAAAACAGACAAUUGCGAAGAUAUUCCCUUGACACCCACCCAGCGAGCUUUGCUCGGCCUUCCCCCGUCUACAAAGGCUACCCCGGCAUCAGCAGGGUCCAAUACCGGCUACAUAACUCCUCCAAAGUAUCGACGUGUAUCGGGUUCGAUGUUUUCGGGUCCAACCAGUGGCGGUGCAACAACUGGUCGUAGGAGUGCGUCGGCCAACUAUUCCGAUUCACCGCUGUCUAUAUCUCGAAAUAAGCCAGGAUUCUCACCAACACCAGAGUCAAAUCGACGUACCUCUGAUUCCCCUUUUGCUCCGUCACCAGUUGCCAGUCCUCUUUUUCACAAGGCAACGAAUCAAGCCUCGCAACAGUUUUCCGAUCUUGAUUUCAGCGCCAGCACACAAUCCUUCGGAUUGAGCACGGGAACAGGCCUUGCUAGAUCCCAGAGUCUGCGCGAGCGUUCAAAGAAAACCAGUUUCGGACCGGCGUCGCCCACACCUGGAGCUGGCAGUCCCCAGAUGGUGCCUGGGGUGAACUACAAAUGGCUUUAUGCCAAGGGACGAACGCUACCCAAGAGCGAAUCCUUUGGCUCGUUUGGUCUCUGA